AUGCUAGAUUUAAAGCUUCCUCAGUUCCCUAACACUGAGUUACAUAUUGCACUAUUCGAAGAGGUAGCAAAUGUAGCUGAAUUAAGAGACAAUGUCGCCAAUUUACCAUAUAGUUUCAUUGAUGCCAGAAGCGUUGUUUCUAAAGAACAGUUGCUGAGCGCUAUCUAUAGAGCAUUGAUAGAAAAGCAGUAUAAUAAACUCAGAACAAUGACUUUACACUCAGAAUUCAUCCUCUGUUUAUCUCCUAAUUCAAAUAUUGGUGAGUCCUUUAAGAAGUUUGGACUCAAAGAAGAUUCAAAAGCUGUGAUUGUACUGAAAGCCACCACUCCAGAUGAGACAUUUGAUAAGGAAGAACUGCUUUCACUAAUGCAUGGUAAAGAAGUAGAAUUCAGCAAUGAAAAGCUACUGUCAUACGCAGACAUUAAUCUCAUUAAAAAAAAUUACAAAUUGACCGGUUUUGAACCCGAAAGUGACGAGGAUUUGUCCGCAGCAUUAGUACAUGCAAUUCAACUGCGCGGGCUAUAG